AUGUCGCGCGACAUGACGCAGCAACACCAUUUCUCGCUACCCUGGGCGCUACACUACCAACCCAGAGACGCCGGAGCACCUAACACGACAAAUGCCGCCGCUAACCCGAAUGCCCCGAGCGUGCGCCGUGAGCUAUACGAGCAGUCGUUGUAUACAAGACAACCCCACCACACCGCUAUAGAGACUCACACGCAUGUGCAGUGUAAAGGUGAGGAAGAGAGGUCAGACUUCCGUGACCACUACCUGCGGUGUCAGCCUCCCUACACCAAGUGUGGGGAGGAGGAGGAACGUGAUCGUGAGGAGGUGUCCAGCACAGCCGCCGACCAGCAGCCGUGGGAUGAGAAACUUGUGAGCAGUUCCCUGUGCCCGUCAUCAGCUCCUUCAAGAUCGGACGCGGCGUCACCACAACAGCACGUCACCACCACGCACCCUGGCGGCCGCCGCGGCGCUUUACAAUUGUGGCAGUUCCUGGUGUCCCUCCUGGCCGAGGGGGCGCGCUGCGUGGCCUGGACCGGCCGGGGACUGGAGUUCAAAUUACACGAACCUGAGGAGGUAGCCCGUCGGUGGGGCGCUCAGAAGAAUCGACCAGCCAUGAAUUAUGACAAGCUGUCAAGAUCUCUCCGGUAUUAUUACGAGAAAGGCAUUAUGCAGAAGGUGGCAGGAGAACGCUACGUGUAUAAAUUCGUUUGUGAUCCUGAGGCAUUAUUUAGUAUGUCACCGCCUGCGCGUGCGCGCUCACCCCCACCACAAUACGAGGUUCUUACCCAGCUGUACGGAGGGGUGGUAGGGGGGUACCCCCAAUACCUCCCCCAACAGGAUUAUAACCGGAGAUUCUACCCCCACGGAUUGGGUUAUGAUACUUAACCUAGAAUGAUGAAGAAGUAAUUAACAGUAGAGA